UUUGUUUAAUUUGAUAUGACAAUUCUCCAACCUGAAGCAAAGGAAGAACAGAGAUGUCAACAUGCUAUUGUGGGUAAAGGCAGAAUAACAAGAGUAAAAGAAAUAAAAACCACCGAAGCUAUAGUUAGUAAAGGUAGGGAUUUUAUUGCACCGUGCAAGUGCAAAGGGACAUCAAAAUAUGUACACCGGGAGUGCUUGGAUCAUUGGCGAGCUGUGAAGGAAGGGUUUGCAUUUGCUCAUUGCACAACCUGUAAGGCCCCUUACCAUCUGAGGGUGCAUGUUGCUGCUGAUAGGAAAUGGCGGACCUUGAAAUUUCGCUUCUUUGUUACUAGAGACAUUCUAUCUAUUUUUCUUGCUGUCCAGCUUGUAAUAGCUUCAUUGGGGUAUUUGGUGUAUUUAGUCGAUGGUUACCAGCAGUCCUGGCUUCGCCAUGCUUGGGGUUUUGACAGCGAGCUUAGUUUCUACUAUCUAUGUGGAGCUCUGUUAUUUUUCGCUUUACUGGGGCUAUCCGGAUGCUUCAUUACAUGUUAUGAUCGAAGAGUACGCAAUGAUCUAGCCCAGCCCUGUCGAGAAUUAUGUCUUUGUUGCUGUCAGCCUGGAAUCUGUGCAGAUUGCCAUUUACCUGGGACUCUUUGUAUGUGGACAGACUGUACCACAUGCUUUGAAAGUUGUGCUAGCACAGCCACUGAAUGUGGUUGCUUAGGAGGUGCUGGUGAAGCAGGGUUACCAUUACUGUUUAUAAUGGCAUUAAUUAUGCUGGGAUUAUUUACAGUAAUUGGUAUAUUCUACAGUGUUUUGGUAGCAACGAUGGUUGGUCAACGUAUUUGGCAGCGGCAUUAUCACAUACUGGCAAAACGGAUGCUAACAAAAGAAUACGUCGUUGAGGAUGUUGACGGUGAGAGUACAGGAUCUGACUGGUCUCCUCCUCCUCUGCCACCUGAACAUGUUCAGCAGUUGAAAACCCUGGGCCUCCUAUGAAUUGGUAAGUCAGGUUCCAUCUUGACAUCAAUUACUAGUGUGGAAAUCCACUGGCUCCAUAUUUUUGGUUGCUCAGUCCUUAUUAUAAGCCUUUAGAUUGUGAUGUAAUUCAGAAAUAAUAUUAUGCCACUAACGAGUAAAGAAAAUUGGCCAAAAUAUUGUUCGACUAUACUUUAUAAUCUUAGAAAGUUAACUGUAAGAAAUUCUUGAAAAUCCUCCUCUUUCUUCUUCUUUUUUUAAUAUAAUGUAAUUGUUAUUAUUCCUUCCCAGGGGACAAUACAGUAACUCAACUUGAGUUGUGUUAUAUACAGUUACUCUUUGAUGAUGGUGUAA